AUGCAAGUACUACCUUUUCAUCUCCCAGGCGACAACCUUAUUAUUUUUCAGGCCGACGACCCAGAACUUGUGAAACCUCCUGCAAAGAACAAAUUUACCUCUUGGAUGGAUUGCAACGCAUCAAACCCCGAAGCAAGAACACUCCUGUACACAGAGUUUCCAUCGCGAUGGGUUUGGUCAGAACAGAAAAAAGCAUUGAAACCCAGACUAAGGCAAAGCAAGGCAUCAGAGAACGUGGUUCUUCCGCCCGUAACACCACGUUGUGGAGAGGCUUACUAUCUGAGGAUAUUGUUAGGAGUUGUUAGGGGUCCGGUUAGUUUCGAGGAUAUAAUGACCGUGGGGGGCGUUGUUCAUCACAGCUUCAAAGAUGCGUGUUUUGCACUCGGUCUUGCUCAGAACGAAGAUGAUGCAAAUUAG